CUUCUGCGAUAUUGGAACUCUAGCCUUUGUGUGCUACGUUUCAAUGGCGGUUCUCCAUCUUCAAAUCCAUUCGCCUUUCUCUUCCCACUCUCGUCUUUCUACAUUCAGAAAGUUCAGGGAGAAUUCCUGCGCUUUCAACAUAUCGACCUUGUUCUAUUCACCUCGUUCUUCUUCCUCUCCACUUCCAGUUUUCAAUCGGAACCAUCGUCCUCUAACGACGAACGCCACUCUCCAUGUCGAUUCUCCCUCGACUUCCGACAGAAACAGCGAGGCGGAUUCUCCGGAGGUUCUGCUCCAGGUCAAGGAUCUCAUUGCAGUUAUUGCUGAAUCGAGAGAACAGAUUCUCAAUGGCGUCAACCUCGUCAUCCACCAAGGAGAGGUCCAUGCGAUCAUGGGGAAGAAUGGCUCUGGGAAAAGCACGUUUGCUAAGGUUCUUGUUGGUCAUCCAGACUAUGAGGUUACGGGGGGCAGUGUAACGUUUAAAGGUGAAAACGUGCUUGACAUGGACCCUGAAGAAAGGUCUCUUGCUGGUCUUUUUAUGAGCUUCCAGUCCCCGGUUGAGAUCCCAGGUGUAAGCAACAUGGACUUUCUAAAUAUGGCAUACAAUGCUCGAAUGCGAAAACUUGGUCAUCCUGAGCUUGGACCUAUUGAGUUCUGGAAUGUCGUGUUUUCCAAGCUGAGUGUUGUGAAUAUGAAGCCAGACUUCUUGAACCGAAACGUGAAUGAAGGAUUUAGUGGAGGUGAAAGGAAACGGAAUGAGAUUUUGCAACUUGCGCUACUUGGAGCGGAUUUGGCUAUUUUGGAUGAAAUCGAUUCUGGGUUAGAUGUUGAUGCACUUCAAGAUGUAGCGAAAGCAGUCAAUCUGCUCUUGACUCCAAAGAAUUCUGUUUUGAUGAUUACUCAUUAUCAACGACUUCUGGAAUAUAUAAAGCCCAAAUAUAUCCAUAUCAUGGAGAUGGGAAGAAUAGUGAAAACCGGUGACAUCUCAAUUGCAGAAGUGCUUGAGAAGGAAGGCUACAAAGGAUUAUCUUCUACAACAGCUUAGAGGCAGUUAGUACAUGGCACCAAAAUUUUGGAGGUCAUUGUUGUGCUUCUGUUGUCAAAAUGGCUUCAUUGCAAAGUCAGAUUGGCGGGGUUCCAAGAUUCAUGUGAAGAUCAAGGGAAGGCCUGGUAUUCAAUUCAAGGCAAUUGAUUAUGGAGACCUCUUUAGUUUGAUCUACCAUCUAUCUAAUUCAUACUUUUUUUUUUAAGUGAAAUAAGUCAAGCUUGUUGAUGUUUCAGUAAGUCUAUGUUUCUUUUGGGUUUUAUCUUUGUUUACUUGUACAAUUAGCUAUGGCCAAUUUUACAGGGGCAUAAAACUAGCAUGUCGCAUAUUCACUGGAGAUGUGCUUAAAAUUAACAAAAGUAAAUGAUUGAAGAGA